GGGCCCGUGAGGAUUCAUGUCAUAGUUUUCAAGAGAAGCAAUAUGCGAGCUGGUUUAGUGUUGUUACUCGGCGUUGCCGCUGUGGCGGCUUUCCCCCACGACCCAAACAGGAUCGUCGGCGGCUCAGUAACUACAGUCAACCAGUACCCGUUUGCGGUGGCAUUGCUGGCGUCGUGGUCCGGAGCCGGAGUCUUUGGACAGUCCUGCGGUGGCACCAUCAUCAACAAUAGAUCUGUCCUCAGUGCUGCUCAUUGCUUCGUAAUGCUGUCUUUGCCGAUUCAAUGGCGCAGUCGUAUCGGGUCUUCAUUCGCGAGCAGCGGCGGCAGUGUGUUCACCACGGCCCAGAUCAUCAGACAUCCGAGCUACAACUCGGCGAUCCAAGACAAUGAUAUCGCCAUCUUGCGCGUGUCAGGCACCAUCGCAUGGGUUCCCACCGUCGUCGCCCCCGCCAGCAUUGCCGGCGCCAACUACAACCUCGGAGAUAAUCAAGUCGUCUGGGCUAUCGGAUGGGGACGCACUUCUACGGGCGGUGCUACAUCGGAGCAGCUGCGCCACGUUCAGAUCUGGACUGUGAACCAGGCGGUGUGCGUGCAGAGAUAUCGCCAACUGGGGCUGCAAGUGACCGACAACAUGGUGUGCGCCGGGUGGCUGGACGUUGGGCAGCGCGACCAGUGCCAGGGCGACUCCGGCGGUCCUCUCCUACACAACAACGUCGUGGUCGGCGUCUGUUCCUGGGGCGACGAGUGCGCCCACCCAUACUACCCCGGCGUCAACGCUCGCGUUUCCCGCUCUUCCGCUUGGAUCGUCGCCAAUUCUUAAACGACAAUGUUUGCCUCGCCGGCAAAUGAUGAUUAAAUUAAAUAAAUGUUAAUUUAAGUACUUAUA